AGCGGACGGACGGGGCCGUGACUGCGCGGCAGUCCCCUCACGGUCCCCCGCCAGCCCAGCCAAGCAGCGCCAGCGCCGGCCCGCCGAACUUCUCGCGACCAGGACCGCGCCCGGAGAGUGCUCCCGGCGAGGCGAGGACCGCGUCGAGAGCAACCCGCGCGCCGCCAUGGCUGCCGUCCCGCGCCUGCUGGUGGUGCUGGCAGCCACCCUCUGCGCCGCCAGCGCCUUCAACCUGACGGCCCGCAACAUCGGGAAGCGCGCCCUCGUCGGCAUGGUCAAAAACAAAGUCGGAAACAGACAGGGCUGGCAAGAGGACGACACAUUCACCCCCAACCCCAACUACGUGGAGGUGACCAAGUCCGGCGACGACGGGCUGAGCGGCGGCGCCAUCACCCCGUCGAACGACUGCGUGUGCGUGGCAUACUACCAGUGCGACGAGAACCACUACGUCAUCCAGGACGGCGUGGGCAUCAUCGACAUCCGGCAGAAGGAGGGCGCUUGCGAGCACUACCUGGACUCGUGCUGCAAGCUGCGCGACGACCAGUCGCCCUCUCCGGGGCCCACCCCCGGCCCUACCCCGGACCCCUGGGCCACCGAGCCCACCCCGCAGUACCCGCCCCCGCCCGUCACGGACCGGCCACGGCCGCAGCCGCAGCCGCAGCCCACCCGGCCCACCGAGCCGCAGAUCGACCGGCCGCACCCGACGCCGCCGGCGCGCGCGCAGCUCUGCGGCCAGAGGAACCCGGACGGCGUGGGCUUCAGGAUCACGGGCGGCGAGGACGGCGAGGCGCAGUUCGGCGAGUUCCCCUGGAUGGUGGCCAUCCUGCAGCAAGAGCGGAUCGACGGGCAGGCCAAGCCGCUGAACCUGUACCAGUGCGGCGGCGCGCUCAUCACCGCUCAGGUCGUGCUGACGGGCGCGCACUGCGUGGCGAGUAAGCAGGCUAAUCUGCUCAAGGUUAGGGCGGGUGAGUGGGACACUCAGACAACCAAGGAGCUGUACGUCCACCAGGACCGUGGAGUGGCCACCAUCAAUGUCCACCCGCGCUUCAACGACAAGAGCCUCCACAACGACGUGGCCCUUCUGAUCCUCUUGGACCCCGUGCAGAUCGGAGGCCACAUUGGGACCAUAUGUCUCCCACCCCCGGGUCUGCGAUUUGAUUACAAGAGGUGUUUUGCAAGUGGUUGGGGAAAAGACAAGUUUGAACAAGACGGUCAGUACCAAGUUAUUCUUAAGAAGCGUGACCUUCCUGUCGUUCCAAGUACUCAGUGCCAGGAAUUACUCCGCAAGACUCGCCUAGGAGCAUAUUUUCUUUUGGACGCUAGUUUCAUCUGUGCUGGAGGAGAGCCUGGACGAGAUACUUGCAAGGGUGAUGGAGGCAGCCCAUUAGUCUGCCCCAUGGACAAUGACCCUAGUCGUUAUUAUCAGGCUGGUAUAGUUGCAUGGGGUAUUGACUGCGGAUUGGCAAACACCCCUGGAGUAUACGGAAAUGUUGCUUACUUCCGCAAUUGGAUCGACAGUGAGCUAGCAAGCUUAAAUCUAGACCUUUCUAGUUACCAAGCAUAAAAAGUACUAUAAGGAAGCCAAUAAACCAAAAGCUCAUUAACAUAAAUCACCCAUAAAGGAUAUUGAACUAAUUCUUUAAAAUUAAGCUAUUGUAGUAUGUUGUUCUCUUUCUGUAAUCAAUUUUUUUGUACUUUUCAAACUUUUCACUUUUUUACUUGUUUUUUUUUUUGUACUGUUGUCAUAAAAUCAUUUUGUUAUCUUAUGUCAUCUCUGUCAUAGUCUAUUACUUAAACUUGGAUAGUUGAAAAAGAUAUUUUUUGAUUGAACAUGGAUCUUAUUUAAUCACUCAGGUAAAAUUACGUCAUGGGUUGUAUCCUAAAAUUAAAUUAUUUUAAUUUGGAA